AUGGAGCAGCUAUCAUCCAAGGUCAACGAACUUGAACAUAGGCUAGCAGAAACCAGCAUGGAGGUUCGUGAAGUCAAGGAAGAUGUCCGGGAGUUGCGACGCCACCUGGAAGCAUUCCUCUCCAACAAAGAAAGGAGUCCUAAGGGAAUCACCAACACAAACAGUCACCAUCAGGACUGGGCAGAGGCAUCCAGCGAACAGCAGAUCGCUGCCCCUACAGCCGCAGUUAUUACCAAGGAUCAGCGCUCAGAGGUUGAAACUGUAAGGUCUCCUCCUUUGGCUGAGGACAAUGUCACGAACAUUAUAUUGGUACCUGCAGAAUGCGCUCCUUUAUCGAAGACAGAAGUCCAAGAAACAGGGGUGCGCAAGAGAUAUAAGGUGGAUGGGCAGGAUAGGGAGGUAACUUUCUUUCAAGCUUAUAUUAAUGGCAUGGAUUUUGUGUUCAGGGACAACCCUAUGUUUCGCAAUAUGGAGGAAAAUAUAUAUGGGGGAGGCCGAAGGGAUAUUUUAAAACGAAUGGUUCUCUUCGGUAACACUGCUCUUGAGGUUCUCUUCUGUAAGUAUACUCGGUGCGUUCCUGUGAUCCACAACAUAGCACACCGGGGCUGUGGUCUAGUAUGCGAUUUUUGUUGUGUGGAUCUUCCACAAAACUACUUCAAACUAUAUGACCCAGGAGGUGGGGAACACUUCAAUGUCCUUGCGGCUGGCCUGAGUGCAGCAGAUCGUGUAGUCACUAUAAGCCAUGGUUACGCCUGGGAGCUGGAAACUAAAGAAGGGGGCUGGGGUCUGCAUCAAAUAAUCUAG